UUAAGAUUCUUAUCAAGUGAUUUCUAUGAAUAAUGCAUAUGUCUCGUUGCUGGGAUAGACGGUGACAACGCUGUUAGGGUUUGGUCGUAGCUACUCAGUCAGUCGGCUUUCCGGUGCCGGUUUGUGCGCUAGUGUCUAUUCAAAUAAUAUGAUAAAAUGGCCGGCAGAAUGCUAAAGUUUAUACGAGGGAAGGGCCAGCAGCCCUCUGCAGAGAGACAGAAACUGCAAAAUGAACUAUUCGCCUUCCGUAAGACAGUCCAACAUGGCUUCCCUCACAGGGCGUCGGCGCUAGCCUGGGACCCGUUACUCCGCCUGGCAGCCCUCGGCACAGCGACGGGAGCAUUGAAAGUGUACGGAAGACCAGGCGUCGAGCUCUACGGACAGCACACCAAUCCGGAAGUUGUAGUCACCCAGAUACAUUUCAUACCAGGAACAGGACGGCUCAUAUCACUCUGCGAUGAUAACAGUCUCCAUUUGUGGGAGAUAAACGAGAAAUCUCUAGUGGAACUCAAAUCACAUUCCUUCGAAGGAAAAAAUAAGAAAAUAUCAUCAAUAUGCGUCGAAUCUUCUGGAAACAACCUCCUGCUUGGAACCGAGGGCGGAAAUAUAUACUCCUUAGACUGCAACGCUUUCACAAUACACGAAGACGUUAUUUAUCAGGACACUGUUAUGCAGAACUGUCCAGAAGACUUCAAGGUCAAUCCAGGUGCAGUGGAAUCUAUAUGCGAACACCCGAAGACGCCAAGUCGAUUACUAAUAGGAUACAACCGAGGGCUUGUGGUGUUAUGGGACCGAGCGACCUCAGCGCCCUCACACACCUUCGUCUCAAACCAACAGCUGGAGAGCUUGUGCUGGAACGAUGAAGGAGAACACUUCACGUCGUCUCACAACGACGGUUCGUAUGUGACGUGGGAGGUGGCGGGCGCCGCCAGUGAUCGCCCGCUGAAGGAACCCGUGACUCCUUAUGGACCUUACCCCUGUAAGGCCAUCUCCAAAAUACUGAAUAGGACCAGCGUGGGAGGAGACGAGCUUAUCAUAUUUGCAGGUGGUAUGCCGAGAGCUUCAUAUUCGGACAAGUACACAGUGACCGUUCAGCAAGGAGAAAAACACGUCGCUUUCGACUUUACCAGCCGUGUGAUAGACUUCUUUACAACAACUCCCGUGCCGCCCGACGGCGUCCCUCUACAGGAGGAGCGCCCUACCAUCCCCGCCGUCAUACAAGGACAGGCAGUGAACCAAGUUGCCGCUACUCUGGUGGUGUUAGCUGAAGAGGAGCUGGUGGUGUUAGAUCUGUGUGAUGAGAGAUGGCGUCCGCUAAGACUGCCGUACCUGGUGUCGGUACACGCCUCCGCCAUCACAACCGCUUACCUCGUCGAUAACGUCGCCGACAAUGUUUACGAUAACAUUGUGCAAGCGGGCCAACAACAAACCGAAAACAUUUACUCCGAGAGCCAGUGGCCUAUCUCCGGAGGGAUAGUAGAAACGGCCGAACAGACAGACAAACAGAUCCUGCUCACCGGUCACGAAGACGGCUCGGUCCGCUUCUGGGACGUGACCGGCGUCGUCAUGACGCCUCUAUAUAAAUACACAACCGCCCCACUCUUCAGCGGCGAAGAGAUAUGUGAAAAUAACGACAGUCAAAACGACGAGGAAGAGUGGCCGCCGUUCAGGAGAGUCGGCACAUUUGACCCGUACAGUGACGACCCGCGACUGGCUGUGAAAAGAGUCCUGCUCUGUCCGCUGUCUGGUAUGCUAACUAUCGGUGGCGCGGCUGGCCACAUUGUUAUAGCGAGUCUGAAGUCCACACCAAGCACGGCGGAAGUCAAAUCCGUAUCCGUGAACAUCGUGUCUGACAGAGACGGCUUCGUAUGGAAGGGUCACGAUCAGCUAAACCUCCGUUCCGGACCGCUCACGUUCCCCGCCGGCUAUCAAGCGAGCGCUGUGUGCCAGCUGUCCCCACCGGCCGCGGUGACAGCCCUGUCCGCGCAGUGGGAGUGGGGGGUGGUGGUGGCGGGCACGGCGCACGGCCUGGCACUCAUCGACGCGCUCAAACCCGCGCCUCUCACACACAAGUGCACCCUCAACGCACACGGCCACUCCGGGGCGGGCGAUACUCCUAUUUCAAGAAGGAAAUCAUUCAAGAAAUCACUCAGAGAAUCCUUCCGAAGACUCAGGAAGGGGAGAUCCCAGAGACGGCAGACAACUACUUCAGCCAGUCCCACAUCACCCACGCAGCCAGCUUCAAAAAAGAUAACGGAAAAGAUAAAUGAAGCGGACGCUGACGUCAAACCCAUCGAAAGAGCCGUGGAAGCGAGGUCCACUGACGACGCCUUCGGCACCAUGGUGCGCUGUCUCUACUUCGCGAGGACCUUCCUUGUCAGCACUCAGAACUCGACGCCCACAUUAUGGGCCGGCACUAACAAUGGCACGGUUUACGCAUUCACGAUACACGUACCCAAUACCAACAAGAGGAAAGAGGAACCCGUAACAUGUCAACUAGCUAAGGAGAUCCAGCUGAAGCAUAGAGCCCCUGUGAUAGGUAUAACAGUGCUGGACGGAGCGUCCGUGCCGCUACCGGAUCCUUUGGAGGUGGAGCGUGGCGUGGCACCUCUGCCGGAGGCCGGGCCUCAGCGAGUCCUCAUCACGUCGGAGGAGCAGUUCAAAGUGUUCACGCUGCCGUCACUGAAGCCGCACAACAAAUACAAGCUGACAGCACACGAGGGCGCCAGGGUGCGGCGCACAGCGUUCGCGUGGUUCGAGUGCGGCGGAGGGUCGGAGCGGCACCGGGAGUGGUGUCUGCUGUGUCUCACCAACCUGGGAGACUGUCUCGUGCUAUCUCCUGACCUCAGGAGACAACUGAACGCGGCCGCCGUGCGCAAGGAAGACAUUAAUGGUAUUUCCAGUCUGUGCUUCUCUAAGCGAGGCGAGGCUCUCUACUUGCACUCCUCGUCCGAGUUGCAGAGGAUAACGCUCUCCGCGACUAAGGUGACCAUAGCUCAAUGCCACGUGUUGCUGUCUCCAUGGGCCGCCGCCCUCCGCGGGCCGGCGGACGAGGCGCCGCUCACUAACGGCGAACACAAAGAAGAACCGUCUGAAGCGCCCCACGAUGUGACAGCAGCUUCGGCGGACAUCACCGUCGACUCUGUCAGAGAUCACACGUCACAGGACAACGCCACGGGGGACUUGAAUAUUAACUUGCAGAAUUCUCAAGUGAACACAACGUCUAUGGUUGUUAAGACGACCACGCGGACUACCGUCAACGAAAACAACGCGGACGGACAGGCGGUCACCACCACCACCACCACCACCACAAACUCCACGAACGAGAACAUCCUAGAGCACAGUCGCGAGGAAGGAGUCAUCACCCGUAUCGAGAUGAGAAGCACCAGCGGUCGUCACGCGUAGCGGAGAAGAGCGUUCGUUGGUACUCAUGAGUGACUCCACAGACGGGCACCGUGACGGUCCCAGCCGGCACCGACCCCAAGCUGAUACUGGAGAUGUUUGACCGACAGCGGUCGCCGCUCGCCGUGCCCACCCCCGCCGACACAUAGCCGAAAUAAUCACCCUCAUGCCUCCACUCGCCGAAACAUUCGCAGAAAAACGUCCACUCGCCGACACAUUGGAUUCCAAAUUCAAAAACGUCUAUGUCGACCGCCUAGCGGAUGCCGGACUUAUAACAAGUUCCAUUUUAAGAUUGACAGCAAAGAAAAAUGUUUACACAAAUAUCUUUUUCGUUAUUCGCUAGACGAUCGUCAUUUCUAGCUUUGGGGCAUACUGAUAUAUUUAGCCAAGAUUUUUAAAUAAAUCCGGCCUUCAAUGUAUAAGUUUUGUACGACGUUUUUGAAGUUUCCUAUUCCACCCUCUACAUUACAUUCAUAAACAUUACUUCUGGUAAUUGAAUAUUUUAUAUCGACUUGAAACGAUUUAUCAUUUAGUUUUGUACAUUUAAUUCAUAUUUUAAGCCACUUACUAUAAGAAAAAAUUAAAUGCAUUUUAUAAUUAUUAGAUUCGCCUUAACUAUCAAGUGUAAUGUUUGUAUUUUAUAAAAAAUCAAUGUAACCUCAACCUAAAUUUCUAGCGGUACUUAAUUUAAUUUUUAAAAUGUUUCCAGCCAGUUUUUAAUUAGUACAAAUUGAGAGCCAUAACAUUAUAUCUAGCUAACGUGCAAUGUAAUUGCAGAUGGCUAUUUUAUUUUUUUAAUAAAAAAAAAAUAACGACACUUAAGUUGAAAUUGAAACAUUCUAAAUGAAUGUAAUGUGCCUAUUUAUUUUUUAUUGAGGAUAAUAGUUGUUUAGGAGUUUUUGACAAUCAUUAAUACAUAGAUAAUAUAGUGUAUAAGGUAGGUAAAAGUAGUAUUUUUACCGGCGAACCAGAACACGGUACUGCCAUUUUAUUAUAUACGUUUUAUACCACUAUCAUUGCAGAUUGAAUUGUAUAUGCAGUAAAUAAUAAUUUAAUAAAUUAUAUUAAAGGAUGUGUGAAUGUUAUGCAAUAUGUCGCACUGUUGUUUUAUUUAAAGUAAUUCUCUAAAAUUAAGUUUUAUUUUUUUAUACUUGCAUUUUUAUUUACACAACGGCAGCUAUAAUGUUCAUGCCUUGUCCUUUUUUUCGAAUUAAGAAUAUUUUUUAUGUACAUAGUGUAUUGUUAACAGUAUUCGAUUGCAACAUUGCUUUCACUCAAUGCAGUACAUCACAAUUUUAUGACUUCAGGGGAUAUAUUUUGUAUUAGAAAUUAUAAUUUUGUUUUAAUAUUUAAGUUGUAUGUGCCCGUCUACAUAAUCAAGAUGCUUUUUAUAUUAGUCCAAACCACAGUACUUUUAUAUUUUUAAGUUAAGUACAGAAUCCUUUGUUUUAUUUACCAUUUAAUUACCUUCAUACUAUUUUGGUAUUUUAAAUUUGAUACUGAAAGUUGCAAUUUGUAUUUAACAUAUUUAAAUGGAAAUAAAUGCUACUAUUGAAUUUUCUUUUUAA